AUGUCAAUCACGUCGCGCAGCCAAAGCUCCUCCCCAGAUGUCCUCGGUCCUCCAGGUGACGCCGAGUAUUUAAUUUCCUCUCCAAUUAAACCCUUUACCGGUCGCCAAAGCUGGAUGUCUCCCGCGAUCGGCAAACGUCAACUCACACCGGCCAAGCGAUCGCGUACGAGCCUCAGUCCCGGGAAGAGCGCGCAUUCUAUCCGCUUCAAUGAUAUCCUACUUCCCGGUUCACCGAGCAGGAAACUGAACGGUCGCCAAAUGUCACUCUCCCCGGAGAGGAUCCAACAAGAUGGCAACGUGAGCCCGUGGCGUAUCCGGGUCACACUCGAGGCAACACAAGAUGACGAGAACCAAAUCGAAGCUAGCCCGUCGCGCAAACGGCAACGACGACCUUCGACCGUGACGACAAUGAUUCCUUUGAAAGAUGAGCGCAGUCCUUUGAUAGAACGGACGCCUGCAAGGAAGCGUGGGCGCCCGCGAAAAUCGGACGCUUUGCCCCAGAAUGGAUCGCCAUGGCCAGGAAGCCCAGGACACACCCCCGGCCCAAAUGAACCGAGUACAGAGAAAAGGAAACGCGGUCGACCGCGAAAGGAUACCCCGAAGCCGAAGCAACUAGAAACAGUCAUCGCCGAGGAUGCGCCAUCACCAGCACAGCCCUGGGGGAAUAUGAGCCCAAUGGAUAUGACUGCGGACGUUGCGAACGAUGCUGGUGCAGGUCGUCAAUUAAGCCCGAUUAACCUGGCAGUGGAUGGAGGCGUGGAUAGCGACUCUCUUGGGGCUGACGAUUUACCCGUUGCAAACCUCCGCAUGCCGACCCCAUCACAUGGUGAGACUUGGGAUCAUGCUACCACCCGCGAGUAUGGCAGAGCUUCCUAUGAUACCCCCAUUAUCGGAGAUACAGAGCAUCACUUCCAAGAUGACGAUCGGAAUCUAAAUUCCACGCCCUCUAAGAUGCCAUCACCAACUCGAGAAAGGCUAGGCUCAUCUACUAGAUCAUCACGUCGCGGCACAACUUCCUCACCACGCACCUAUCCGUCCCCUAGUCCAACUUCUUCGCCUGGCGAGGAAGAGAACGAAGCCCGUGGAGAUCGUUUGCAUGAAAUUGAAGUGACUAAUGACCACGCGCAUCUUACAUCAGAUGCGAUUGAUGACCAUGAAGAAUUCGAUUCUAUAAUGGAAAGUGAGGGCUUCACAAUGGUCUCCUUGGAUACCCUCCCCUCGGCCAAACAGUUCGGUCUUGGAUCUGGCACCAGAAAUGCGACAGACAAUGCCGCAAAAAUACUCAGAGACCGAGAGAAGGGCCGUAUUGGUGAACGGUUGAAGCGCAAGUUGGGAGGGGGCAUUGAUGAUCUACGGAGUGAUACUCACAGCUCCGCAAGGCCGAGUCCUUUGGUCCAUGGACCUUCUCCCGUCUCUCAAAGCUCACAGCACAAUCAAUCACAACCAAUUCAUCCGAAGCGACAAAGUUCAUCUCAGGUGCUCUCCUACCCUGACCUUCCUACAGGAUUAUCACCCGAAAAGCCGCAAAGGCCAGAGGCUGAAACUUACGAAGCCGAAGAAGAAGUUCACUUCCAGCGUGAUAUUGAGUACGAUUCCGAUGUGCUAGAGCAGCAAAACCAGGAUGAGAUGGAAAUGGAAGAGGCCAGGAUCCAGCAACCGUAUUCGAUCCAACCGAGACGACGAAAUUCGCCCCCAGCGCCCUUCUAUAGCCACCAUUCUACAGAAUCUUCGCCCGAAAAGUCACCCAUCCCGGAGGCUGAUCUUUAUGAGUCCGAAGAAGACCAUCACCCUCAGCACGAAAUCGAGUAUGAUGCUGAUGAGCUAAAGCAACAAAAUCAGCACGAGUUGGAUAUGGAAGAGGCUAGAUUCGAAUCAUCACAUUCUACGAGAAACAAUCCGCCCCAAUAUAGCUCCCCAGGCUUAAGUCCGGCACGAGAUUAUCGAUGGCAGGCAGACCGAGAAGCUGUCAGUCGACAUGCAGCAGACCCCAAGAAUGCCGCACGGCUCAUAUACAUCAAUAGUGAUGAAAGCGCCUCUCAUCACGAGGAAGCUGAUGAAAACUCACUGAAAGAUAUUCCAAGGUCUGCAGAGUCAGAAAUGGAGGGGCAGCCCUUGGAUGAGGAACCUCUCUACGAAGCUCUCGAUGAUGAACCUGAACCUCCAUUUAGAAAUCUCAAUCAAUCCCCUCGCCAACAUCUAUAUGAACCCCUUGAUGAAGAGCGGGUCGACGAUGAACCUGAUGAGGAGCCUCUCCAUGAGAAUCUCAAUAGAACUUUCCACCAACCCGUCCACAGACGUUUCCAUGAAUCCGUCGAUGCAGAACCCCUCGUUGAGGAACCGGUCGAUGAAUUCCCCGAGUAUUCGGAGCCGGAAACUAGCCGGGUGCCAUUUGACCCUGACCAGCGAGUUGAAUCAGAGAAUGACGUUGUCGAAGAAGACAAUGAAUCCGUCGACAUUUGGCAACAGGAGGGAGAUGCCGAGCCGAGUGUAGAGGAUGAGCUGGAAUCUACUAGGUCACAUCAGUCUAAUUCUCGAGAAAGAGAUAUGGAACCGGAAAUGGCCGAGGACGAUGGCUUCGAUGACAUCUGGCAGCAAGAAGCACGAGAUGAAAGUUAUCUUUCACAGCACUCCGACGAUCAUGGUUCGCCUGUUCAAGAAAGCAAGAGUCCUUGGCAGAGAAUUGCUCGUACCUCAGCACACCAAGACAGCCUGAGCUCAUCCCCGGCCUAUGUGACGGUAGAGCAUGAUGACAAUCGAUACUUCGAUCAAACCCACAUUCGCAAGCUACGCGACCAAGAGGUUGAUCUUUCUGCUCUAUUGGCAGAAGAUGAUACCCCCAACCGAGCCCGUUACUACAAUGCAACAAGUACUCCCCGAAGUAUCUUACGUCGACCUGGCCCUCAAAGCUCCAUUUAUGGCUCUGCAAUGAAAUCUGUUUCGCGAAAGACCGAGAAAAGAGUCCGCCUCCAGCCUAUCUCGCAAAGCCCGGAAAGGUAUUCAGAAGCCAAGAUGGACUCGCCUGUUGCGCUUCAAAACUCACAAUUCGAUUCUCCACCGAAGGAAACUCAUGCCAAUGGGAGCGUUUCUGACUCUGGGCUUCAUGAUAACGAGUCAGUACAUGACACCACGACUACUCCAAAGCAUCCGCGUGCAGAAGAAGAGCCUGAAGCAACCUGGUUCCAGCGAAUUACCAGCCUGACUCCGAGAUGGCUCAAAGCCCCGCCCAAGUCCCGCUAUGACGAUACUUCUAGCGAGGCUUCCGAAGGAGAACCGCAGUACGAGGAAAGUGACCAGGAAGAACCUGAGAUUCUUCAAUCGGCACCCGAGAUCCGGGAGGAAUUUGAGCACGACCCUCCUUCCAGCCCAUCGCACCAAUCAUCCGACAGACAGGUGGACGAAUCGGCGGAUUCCCCACCCAUGGACGAGGACGAUCACCUGCCUUCUAUUGAAGAGGACGUGGAGGAUCCUUGGAUUCAAACAGAGGUACCUGACGAUGCUAUUGAUGACAAUGCCGCGGUUGAUAAUGAUAAGCUGGAGCGACCGAGCUCGCGACCGAGACCCCUUGCGGUGUUUGGCUACUUUUCCGAUGCUCAUUAUAAUUCUCUUCGGCGGAUCUACCGAAUGGCAAAGCGACAUCCCGAACGCUUCCCAUACUUUGAUGCGCCCGGACGCGCUGGGAUUAUGGGUGACUGGAUGUGGACCUCGGAUGGACAUCACGGGGUACCUAUCACCGAAGUGCAAUUUGCCGUGAUUGAUCGCUUCGUACAUGAACUCUCACACGCUGACAUUGAAUAUGGCGGCAGUGGGCAGGUAGAUUGGACUGAAGCUGAUCUACAUCGGAGACUCAUUAGUAUUAUUAUUGGUGAGCAAAUCCGAGAGGAGCGCAAGGCGAAGACAAUCCGCGGAACUUCAGUUGAUACAUGGAGAGGAGCUUGA